CUGCUAGGCGUGGCGGAAAUCCAGGCUCCUGACCGCCAACACUCAGGGCAAAGCUCCUGGAUGUUUUUGUUCGUCCUUCCCCUGGCGUUAGUAGGCGGAUCUGUGGGGCACUUUUAAAAACGCGUGACCUCGAUCUGUGAGCUUUGUGUGUGAGUUAAACAUGUCGACCAGCGGAGACUUUGAUUGCAUAGUGAUCGGGGCAGGCGUCCAGGGCUCCUUUACGGCCUAUCAGCUGGCAAAAAAGAACAAGAAGACUCUGCUGUUGGAGCAGGUGCGUCAUGAACCAUCGCAUUUUGAUCAGGUUUCUCUAUGUUCCACUGUAACAGUACUCCAUUACAGUUUACUUAUAAUUGACUACAAGUUCAUAGAAUGCAUAGAAAAUGUCACGAAAGAAGAAAUAUUAAAGUCACUUACCAGUUUAUUAAUUUCUUUUUUUGAAGAUUUCUUUUCAAGAUGCCGCCUUAAAUUUCCCCUAAUUUCCACUUUCAGACAAACGGGGCUCCUGUUUAUGGGGCCAGAGAAGAGUGAAAAUCACCAAAAUAUUAAGGACACCCUUCAAACAAACAAGAUUCCCAUGCUCGUCCUGACCCAUGACAUCUUUAGUCAGCACAUUCCCAAUGUCAACUUGGCUAAGGGAGACGGAGCACUGGUGGAUACAACUGCUGGAGUUCUAUUUGCUGACCGCACACUCAAAGCCGUACAGGGGCAAUUUCAGAAAUUAGGUGGAGUUAUAAGAGACAACGAGAAGGUAACGGACAUCAAGCCCGGCCCUGUUGUAAGAGUGUCAACCUCUGUGGGUGUUUAUCAUGCUAAGAGUUUGGUGAUCACCGCUGGACCCUGGGCUAAUAAACUGCUGGCCAACACUGGUUUACAGUUGCCACUAGAGGUAGUAAAGAUCAACGUGUGCUACUGGAAGGAGAAGGUUCCUGGGUCCUAUAGCAUGGAGCAGCGCUUUCCCUGCUUCAUACAAACUGAAUGCUUGGAGUCCAAAGUGGAUAUCUACGGACUUCCGUCCAAUGAGUACCCAGGGCUGAUGAAGGUGUGCUACCAUAUGGGCAGCAAGACAGACCCAGACCAGAGAGAUUUGCAGAAAGACCGGUCUGAUAUUGAGAUUCUUCAGCAUUACAUCACCCGCUGCUUUCCUGGCCUCAUCCCUGAACCUGCUAUAGUGGAGAGCUGCAUGUAUACGCUAACGCCUGACCAUCAUUUUGUGCUGGACUACCACCCUGCAUACAGCAACAUCGUGAUUGGAGCAGGAUUUUCAGGUCAUGGCUUCAAGUUCGGACCAAUCAUUGGCAAGCUUCUGUGUGAACUCAGCCUGGGAGAAGUGCCCUCCUAUGACCUGUCACCUUUCCACAUAAGACGCUUCCAGUCAAAGACGAACUCAGCGUUAUAGAUCUGCAACACAGCGAGUGUUUUAUAAUAAUAACAGCUAAAUUAUAAUUUUAGUAAAUUCAUUUAAUCACUACGUUUAAAUUCUAUGAUUGUAGUGUUUUGACACUAGGUGUAAUCAAAUGCUUUCAAGCAUAAUGAAUAUGUGUGCUGUUAUCCAUGUAACUAGGCCAUAGACUUUUUCUCAUAAUCUGAUUUCUAACUAAUAUUUUGUGAUUUCCAUAAUUACUAUACAAACAUUAUAGAUGGGCUCUAUCAAUCCUCUGAUCUGAAGCUCCUGAGUUGAUUUGCACAAAGAAGUGCUUGUAGAAAGUUUACGAGAUGUGAUGAGGCUCAUGUCUACGGUAGCAUUAGUGCGCAUGUGUAAUUCUGUCUGUAAACACGAUAGCAUGGAAAGUUUUGAAUGACUUCUGAUAAAACUUUCGCUCAUUUCCAGUCCA